AUGGGAAUUGACUACUUUACCACCCCCAAAAGACCAAUUGGAGUCAAAUGGGUAUACAAGACCAAGUUCAAAUCAACUGGAAAAGUGGAUCGCUUUAAGAGAUAUCCAUAUGAGCAUACUUUAUAUAUCAAAUUCAAGUGUGGCGAAUAUAUUCUCAUUGUGUGCUUAUAUGUGGAUGAUUUAAUUUUUACCGGCAAUAAUCCUGAAUUAAUUUAUGAGUUUAGAGAGGCAAUGAUUAGCAAGUUUGAGAUGAUUGAUUUGGGUUUAAUGUCUUAUUUUCUUGGCAUUGAGGUAUCUCAAUUAGAUAAUGGAAUAUUUAUCUCUCAGAAAAAAUAUGCCAGUGAUAUUCUAAAGAGAUUUAAUAUGGAUAAAGCCAAAUCAAUUUUUACCCCUCUUGAAGAAAAAUUAAAGUUGGUUAGAGAUGGGACUGGUGACUUGGUUGAUGCUACAUAUUUUAGAAAAUUGGUAGGGAGUCUAAGGUACUUGACUUCUACAAGGCCUGAUAUUACUUAUAGAGUUGGAUUAAUUAGCAGAUUUAUGGAGACUCCGCGACAAUCCCACUUGCAAGCAGCAAAGAGAAUUUUGAGAUAUAUUCAAGAUACGCAUACCGAUGGUAUAUUUUAUUUAAAGACUAAUGAUAGUAGUCUUGUGGGAUUUACAGACAGUGAUUGGGCUGGUGAUACGAUACAAAGAAAAAGUACUUCUAGCUAUGCAUUUUAUUUGCGUUCUAGUGUAUUUUCUUGGUCUUCCAAAAAGCAACAAGUUAUUGCUUUAUCAACAGCUGAAGCAGAGUACAUGACUACAACAAGUAGUGCUGCACAAGCAUUGUGGUUAAGAAGAAUGCUUGAAUUUCUUCAACACAAGCAAGACAAUCCACAAUAA